AUGUCAGAAAUUAUAGAUCCAUCAUUAAUAAAAAGAAAACUUCUACAUAUAUCACAAACAAGUAAAUUUACUCAAUUCACUCCAAAACAAUUAUAUGAUCAUCAAAAAGAAAUUACAAAAUUUUUAAUAGAAAAUGAAAAUACAUUAAAUUCAAUUGAAUUAUUUAAUUUAUUAGAAUUAGAAUUUUAUUUAAAUUUAUUAACUAAAAAUGAUGAUGAAGCUAAAUUAAUAUUAAAUAAAAUUAUAACAAAUUUUAAUGAAGGUAAUGAACAAAAAGAAGUUAGAUCACAAAGAUUAAAAUUUUUAAAAUCAAUUUGGUAUGAAAGUCAAAAUGAUUUAAAAAAAGCAGGAGAAAUGAUAAAUGAUGAUCCUGAUGAAUUAAAAUUGAGUAGAAGAUUAACUACAUUUGCAAGAAAUUCAACAAAUUCAACUACUGCAACUACUAAGUAUAUUAAUAAUUUAAUUUAUUAUUUAAAUUUACAACCAAAUGAUAUUUUAACAUGGAGUGAAUUAAGUGAAGAAUAUUUAAAAUUAGGAGAAUAUGAAAAAUCAAUAUAUUGUUUAAAACAAAUUGUAUUAUAUCAACCACAAGCAUAUACUAUAUUUUAUAAAAUUGGUUUGGUUCAUUAUUAUCAUUUCUUAUCAAUAAAUCAAAAAUUAAAUAAUAUAAAUGAUAAAAAGGAAAAACUUUUAGAGUUAAUGAAACUGAUAAUUUUAUCAAGGGAUAAUUUUUUAGUUUCUUUAGAAAUUAAUGAAAAAUUUGAUAAAUCAUGGAUUGCCUUAAAUACUUUAUUAAAUGCUGGAUUAGAUACAAAAUUAAUUAAAUUUAGUGAAAAUAAUAAAGAUAUAAAAGAAUUUAUUAAACAAAAUGAAAAAUUAAAAUUAAUAGCAAUAGAAUGA